UGGCUGCUGCAGAUAUCAGAUACAUAAAUUGAUAAGAGAAAUGGGUCAAAAUGUGUUGUUAAGGAAAGAGUAUCGAAACUGCAGAAUAUGGCUACAUGAGGAGGUUCAAGACCUUUUUGCUAGAAAGUUGAAAAUCAAAAAGGUGGAAAGCCUACGGAUCCCAAAAGGUUAUAGUUUUGAAGAUGAACACGUAAAUCAUAGCAAGGUAUUCAAGAGGAUGCAAAGCUUACAGGUGUUGAUACUUGAUCAUGAAAUUGUUUGCUCGUAUAGCGCUAUCACUUAUCUUCCUUCUAGCCUGCAGUGGAUAGAAUGGCGAAACUAUCCUUCAAGUUCAUUGCUUGAGAGGUUUGAACCAUCACACCUUGUUGGCCUUGUAUUAUCUAAAAUUCAGCUUGUGGAACUUUGGCCAACAUCAAAGGUAUACUUUGUGCGCACUGUCUCUUUCUAAUUAAUCACGCCACGAUUCAAGUACUACACCAAAUAAAUGCUUUGAUAUACACAAUUAACAUCAUGUAAAACUUAAAACUUGCAACAACAACAAUAACAAACCCAGUGUAAUCUCACAAGUGGGGUCUGGGUAGGAUAAGAUGUAUGCAGCCUUAUCCCUACCUUUAUCGGGUAGAGAGGUUAUUUUUUAUUGACCCUCGGCAACCCUCAUCCUUCAUUCGGGCUUG